AUGCUGCAUAUUUGGUGGGAGUGCUCGGUUAUUAGACCGUAUUGGGACAUGGUUGUGGAUGUAAUUGCGGAAGGUGGCGGAUGGGCCAGUCCAGGCAUCGGUAGAAUUCAUUCUCCUGUUUAUGUUCCCGGACACGCUCACCAAACACCAAAGGUUGCCUACCUUCCACAUACUGAUAGCUGCAAACCUUUUGAUAGUGGUUGGAAGUCGACAGCGGCUCCUACGAAAGAGGCUGUAAUACGACAGGUGUCCCUCAGUGGCAC